AUGCAUAAAUUACCUAUCAUUGCUAUUGUUAUUUCAUUUGUUUACAAAACAACUACAACUAAUUUAGAACAAUGCGUCAAAAAAGCAACAGCACUGAGUAACACUCGAACAACAUAUUCAGUGCUUCAGUCGAAACCGCUUGAAUUACAAGAUUGUUUAGUAUUAUGUUGUACUCAAGAAAAAUGUUUAAGUGUAAAUUUCUAUUCUAAGAAGAAUAAGGAGUCAAACUGUUCUUUAGUAUAUUUCAGAAGUCUUAUCUGUUUUGAAAGGAAAGAUGGAUGGAGUCACUAUAUAAUUAGACGAUCUAAUCAGUCAAUUUCAUUUGUAAAUUCUACCCCAAAAAAUGCACAUUUAUGUAGCGAAACACUGAGUAGACGAAGAAAAACUUUUAAAAAAGUUAUUUAA